CCACCCUGCCUGCAAUUAACUUCCAGUGUUUUCACCUGUUCUCACCUCCAUUUAAACUCCAUCCUGAUCAGUCUCCAGUGCCAGAACGUCACCUCUGAUCUCUGCCUGUAUGUUCAUGAUUGGUCGAGGAAGAAAUGGCAGCUUAUGCAGAUCCUAAGGAGCCCCAGACCAACGUCCUGCUCAGAGCCUCCCACCUGCCUCUGGUCCGCUCCGUCUUCGGCUCGCUGACCUCCAUGUACUCCGGGAUCAAGGACCGCUACCCCCUGCUGGGGCUGAUGGGAGACGUGGCGGAGGGCGGAGUCCGCAGCGUCUCUACAGAAGCCCUGAGGCGGGCCACGCCCCUUCUCCACAGCCUGGAGCCACAGAUUGAACUUGCCAACAGUUUAGCUCUCACCGGCCUCAGCUCUCUGGAGAGGAACUUCCCCAUCCUGAACCAGUCGACAGACGAGGUGAUGACUCACUUGAAGGACGCCUUCUUCCUGACUCUGGAUGACGUCCAGGUUCUGGUGGUGGACGGCUUGGACGGCGCUCUGGAUCGGCUGGAGCGAGCGGCCGACUCUGUUCGGGCGGCCGUGCGGCAGCUGCAGGACACACAGGUGGGCCAGGCGGCCACGGCGGGGCUGGACAACAUCCUGAGUCUCCUGGAGGACACCACCGCCUACUACCUACCCCUCCCACCUACACUGCGUCGGGAGUGGGAGAUGAGGGUUCAGGAGUACGAAGAUGAAGACGACGGUGACGAGCCGGGCCUCUGGACCCGAGUCCGCAGCCUGCUGCUGACCCUCAGCCUGCAGCUGUACCACCGCAUGAUGAAGGUCAGAGAGCAGCUGCAGAGAGGCGUCAGGACGCUGGGAGGCACCGCUGACCAGGUGAGACCGGACCGCUGGUACCACAGAUUCAGAUCCGCAGAUCCCAGGAACACUUUUCCCCAGAGAAACAAGUUCAAGUGCCAAAAGGCCAGGAUUAGCUUGGUUUGGACAAGCUGGACACAUUCAGACAGUUAAUAAUCACAGUUUAUUGAUCAACCGUUAUUCUAAUGAGACGUGUGAUGAGUUAAAGUUCUGGAUAAAUUCAGAAUAAAUUUCACAUUUAUCAUCAUUUAAAACCAAAAACACUGCUGCUGUCACAGAAACCACAGAAAGUAACAUUAACAACUAACAAAGCCCCCCGAAUAUUAACAUUUUAAAACACAUUCAAACUGGAAGAACAUGAAAUGGGCUUUGAUUGCCACUAGAGGGCGCUAGGUUCCUAUAAGUGAGAGCCGUUCUAAAGUUCUGGUCCUGUGGUUCUGGUUCUGGAGGGUCCGGUGUUGUCACAGCUCUCGCCCCUCACAUGUCCAUCUGUCGUGAUGCGUUCACUGACUGCAGUUCACACUAAGAGCGU